AUGAUUUUUGUCCUAUAUCUUGGGAUAAUAUUUGCAGAGAUCUUCUCUGUAAGGCGGAAAAGAAACAUCGAGGUUGAGUUUGAUGUGAUUGAAAACAAGAUCUGCAAAGGAUAUCUCAAGCCGAUCAAUUGUAAAAACUCUAGCUUUAAGGCUGUAUUGGCAUCUGAGAGUGGAAGUGUCUACCUGUCAAACGAAAACCUUCCUGUGGAUACAGAGACACAUUUUUCAUUCAAUAUAAGCGAGCCAAAGGUGCUGUCGAUGGUAUUAACGCCUAUUGUGAUUGAUGAGACGCAGCCCCAUACGUUUGGAGAGAUAGAGCUCAACUUUAGUGCUCAGUUUGACACAUUCAAGAAGGACGUUGCAAAGAAAGUCAGUGUGGAGCCAGCCAUGGCAGCAAUGACAAAGCUGGACAACCUGCUUUACGAGCUCAACAACGAGUCUGAGUAUCUUGCACACAGGAUGGGGAGUGUUGACUACGAGCACAGAAGGAUGUUUUCCUUUGUGACGGUGUUUUCGGUGAUAACUCUUGUUAUCUACUUCGGAGUGAAUUCAUACGAGCUGUACUCUCUCAAGAAGUUUUUCCAGAAGAAGAAGAUGAUAUGA